AUGGUGCUCCGAGAACCCCGAAAGCCGCUGAAUUCCGCACUAUUGGGCGGUCUGUGUUGCGGGAGCGUGACGGGAGGCGAUGGCUCCUCCGCGGCGCAGAGUUUUAGUCAGAGCAGCCGUCGGGAUGCAGCCCCGCAUCCAACACGACAAGGCCGAAGGGGAGGGGAGAGGAGGGGGGGGGGUGGUCGACAGAGAGUGGCCGCCAUCGCAGCAUGGAUGUGUCUGAUGAAAUGGAUGAGAUGA